AUGCCAGGUUCGAUGCCAACAAAGCCCAAGUGCAAGUUGUUUGGCCAGCUUGCCCUCCACGGGAAGCUUCUGACGGCGGACAUGCUCGCCAUCAAGGGAUGGCCCCACGACCCUUUGUGCCCAGUGUCCUCCCCACCCUACCUCGAGCUAUACACCGGCACCGGCCUUCCUUCCCCAUCGUCGGCGGAGCGCGGAACCGCCGGCUACAACACACCUCCACCAGGCGCCGCUAGAGUACCCAACCUCCACACCUUGUCCUUCAGCGCCAGGGCGCACUACACGGCCUGCCCCUCACAACCCUCUCUUCUUCUCACCGGGGGCGCGACCCUCGCGCCCUUUCCCUACUCGCAUAGUCCGGCCCGCUCGCGGAUCUGCGGGAUGCCCGGCGGAUGGCCCGUGAUAGCGCCGAAGGUCAAGCUCAGUAAUGGGCGGUUACUCGCCUACGCCAUGCUUGGGUACGCAAGGAGGAUGCGAGGUACAAGGUCGUCUUCUGCCGAUAACAUGCGAACCGAGCCUAACUUAGCUGCUGCAAGAGACUGGAAAUUUCUCUUCGAUAACAAUGGUUCAGGAUUUUCCAUACAUGUAUAGCACCCCUAAGUUGUACCAGGUUUCAGGUUUGUUUUUCCUCUUAUUUUUACACGUGCAUUUCCUAGGAUACAAACCAAUUUUGAUUGAGUGAUUGGAUUACUAAGUUGUUCAAAGGGGUUACUUGUUUUUCUGCUUGAGCACACAUGGGGUAACCUAACUAAGAAUAUUUUAUU